AUGGCUUGGAUGCCCGGGGGAGGUUUUCAACGGAUGGUGCAGGAAUGGGGCCGUGUCUUGACAACGCUGGCUGAACGACCUUAUGCAUUCACUCUGCGCAUCUGUCCAGGUCGAUUUCUCACUAUCUUCAAGUCUCUUACCGUCUUUGAUAUUUCAAAGCGUAUUGGAAUUGAUGGCAAAGAGGUCGAUUUGCCCGCUGGAUUCCUACCUGGCAUUAUCAGUCACCCUAUCCCAUUCCAGGUCAAUAUCAGACCGCGAACUGAGCAUUGUGAGAUGUUGAUAGAUACAAUUAAGACAGAGGAUCCGUGGAUGAAGGGAGACUCAGACAUCUUUGACGCGAUCGGUCCUGGGCAUUUUUGA